ACGGGGUCACGUGGGCGGCUCGCUGGGCUCCGGACGCCUGGGUCCCGCGCGGAUGGAGCCGCGGGCGCUGCUCGAGGCCUGGCGGCGGCUGGGCCGGGAGCUGGACGCGGCCAUCGGCUUCUGGGCCCGGCACUCGCACGACCCUGAGCACGGCGGGUUCUUCUCCUGUCUGGGCCGGGACGGGUCCGUUUACGAUGAUGUGAAAUACGUGUGGCUGCAGGGCCGGCAGGUGUGGGUCUACGCCCGGCUGUACCGCACGGUGCCCCGGUUCCGACGCCCCGAACUCCUGGAGGCCGCCCGGGCAGGUGGGGAGUUCCUGCUGCGCUGCGCCCGCGUGGGGCCGGGGUCCCCCAAAGCCGCCUUUGCGCUGAGCCGGGAUGGGCGCCCCACCAAGGUUCAGCGGAGCAUCUUCAGCGAGUGCUUCUGCGCCCUGGGGCUGGACGAGCUGGGGCGCGCCACGGGGGAGACUCGCUACCGGCGGGAGGCGCGGGCGCUGCUGGAGGCUGUCGUGCGCUGGGUGCGGGAGGACCCGACGGAGCUGGGACGCCCCCCGCUGGCCGGCGCGACGCCCCACGAGCCGCUGGCCGUGCCCAUGAUGCUGCUGUGCCUGGCUGAGCAGCUGGGGGACGGUGCUGGGGGGCCCCUGGCUGAGCUGGAGGGGUGGUGCGCCCAGCGCCUCCUCCGCCACCUGCAGAGGGACGGCAGCGCCGUGCUGGAGAACGUCUCGGAGGAUGGGAAGGAGCUGCCAGGCUGCCUGGGGAGACAACAGAACCCGGGCCACGCGCUCGAGGCCGGCUGGUUCCUGCUCCGAUACGCCCAGCGGCAGGGGGACACGGCGCUGGCUGCGCAGGCCAUCGAGGGGUUCAUGGUGCGGCCGUUCCAGGCGGGCUGGGACCCUGAGCACGGGGGGCUCUUUGCCUUCCAGGAUGUGGAUGGGCUGUGCCCCACCCAGCUGGAGUGGAGCAUGAAGCUGUGGUGGCCGCAUGCUGAGGCCAUGGUGGCCUUUCUCAUGGCCUACGCCCACAGCCGCGAGCCCGCCCUGCUGCGCCUCUUCCACCAGGUGGCUGAGUACGCCUUCGAGCGGUUCCGGGACCCGGAGCAUGGCGAGUGGUUUGGCUACCUGGCGCAGGACGGGAAGGUGGCGCUCACCAUCAAGGGGGGGCCCUUUAAGGGCUGCUUCCACGUGCCCCGGGCCCUGCACAUGUGUGAAGAGAUCCUGGUGCAGCUGCUGGCUGAGCCUCAUCAGUGUCCUGGGGCUGCUGAAUAAAGCUGCUGCUGUGGCCUUUGGUGACUGAGUGGGGCUGUUCUCACAGGACGAGGGGUUUGGCCAUGUCCCCAUCACGGGCUGAGCCUUACGCAGUGUCAGUGGGUGGGGCAUUCAGGGAGGCCAGGGCUUUGCAACACUGUGCACAAGCCCCCACACCAGGGCCUGCUAACAACCAGAGAGUGGGAGUCCCCUGCCUUCCAACCCCCCCUGUCCUUAACCAGUAACCAGGGCCCUAAGACACCCAGAUCAGCCCCCUGUGCUGUGGAGGAGGAAGGGUGAUGGGGGGGAGGAGCGGGUGGUGAGACUAAUGCCAGAAGUCUAAAUGAUAAGCUGGGUGAAGGAGAGUGCUGUGCCAUUCAUUCCAGGGUACAAAAUAUAUCAGGAGGACAGAACAGGUCAUGCAGGGGGAGGAGUGGCACUAUUCAAAAUUUCAUGCGCUAGUAAAAAUAUGACCUUAGGGAAUCUAUUAUCAACCACCCACCUGACCAGGACAGUAAAAUAGUGAUGAUGAUUACGUCGGUACUG